AUGAGCAGCCGCCAUGGCGGCGGAGCCGCUAGGCCACCCAAAGCGCCACCAACGGCGACAGCCGCCGCUGUCGCCGGAGGCAGCAGUGCGGCCGGCCCCAGCGGCCGCAACACCGGCGCGGCCUCCGUGGCCAUCAGUGAAGUGCAGCAAGCUCUCUCCCGUGCUGGUUUGGUGGCCGUACUGGACUUGUGUGUGGCGCUGUAUAAAUUCGUCAAUGUGGAGCUUCAUAGCCAGGGCUGGUACGCCGUACGAGUACGGGUGGUUCCGGGGCCGGAUGCCGUGUGUAAGGCGCACGUGGUGUUGCAGAGCCAUCAGGAGCAGCAGCAGCAGCUGGCGGCGGCCGCGGCGGCAGCGGCAGCGGGAGCGGGCUCGGUGUCAACGGCACCGGCGGGCCUGGUGCGGGUGGCCGCCGGUCGUCUGGAAGCUAUG